GAAGAGGUGGUCGCCGCCGCAGCUGCAACAACAGGCAAUGAUGAAUCGUCGGCGGCCGAACCGGCGCCUUCCCGGAGCGGCGAAACCCCUAGUUCAAUCUCGCAGUCCAAGAUUGAAUCUUGGCCGUCGGCUGAACCGGACGGCAGUGGUUCUCCCUCCUACUCCGCCGUCAAGCUUGAGUGCGAGCGUGCCCUAACGGCGCUCCGGCGUGGGAACCACACGAAGGCGCUGAGGCUGAUGAAGGAGUCGAGCCAGCGCUACGAGAACUCGCCUCACUCUGCCCUAGUUCACAGAGUCCAAGGAACGGUGUGCGUCAAGGUGGCGUCGCUCAUCGACGACCAGACGACCAAGAACCGGCAUUUGAGGAACGCAGUGGAGGCGGCUCGGAGGGCUGUAGAGCUGUCGCCGAACUCGAUCGAGUUCGCGCAUUUCUACGCGAAUUUGCUCUACGAAGUGGCGAACGACGCGAAGGAUUAUGAGGAGGCCGUGAGGGAGUGCGAGCGGGCGCUGGUGAUCGAGAAUCCUGUCGAUCCCGCCAAAGAGAGCUUGCAGGACGAAAGCCAGCAGAAGCUCUCGUCGGUGGAGGAUCGGAUUGGGCACGUGCACAAUGAGCUGAGGCAGCUGAUUCAGAAGUCCAAUAUCGCUUCGAUAUCGUCAUGGAUGAAGAAUUUGGGGAAUGGCGACGAGAAGUUCCGGCUGAUUCCGAUUAGGAGGGUGGCUGAGGACCCAAUGGAGGUGAGGUUGGUUCAAGCUAGGAGGCCCAAUGAGAUUAAGAAGGCCACCAAGACGCUUGAAGAGCGUAGGAAGGAGAUUGAAGUUCGAGUUGCUGCGGCUAGGUUGUUGCAGCAGAAGUCUGAGGUGCCCCAGUUGGAAAAUGGAGGGGAUAUGGCUGAUAAGGGAUUGGACUCGUCUUCAGUAUCUGGUCAGAGAGUUGGUGACCGUAGGAAGUCAAGAAAAGUUGGAUCAUCUUCCGAAAGGAGGGAUUUUGUCCGAUCAUUUUGGAAUUCCAUUAGUAUUGAUGCCAAGAAGGAGUUGCUUAGGAUUCGGGUUUCUGAUAUUAAGGAACAUUUCGGUUCGUUGAAGGAUAGUUUGGCAAAUGAAGUUUUGUCAGAAGCAUUGUCGUUCGCGGAGAGUAAUAGGUCAUGGAAGUUCUGGGUUUGCUGCAGCUGUAACGAUAGAUUUUCAGAUUCGGAGUCUCACUAUCACCAUGUGCAGGAGCACAUGGGAAGCCUCUUACCUAAAAUGCAGUCAGUUUUGCCUCAAAACGUUGAUAAUGAAUGGAUUGAGAUGCUUCUUAAAUGUUCUUGGAAGCCUUUGGAUGUGUCAGCUGCAGUUGAGAUGCUUAGAAAUCAAACGAGGUGUAAGGAUUCUGCUUUUGUUGAUCACACAGGGAAUUUUGAUGAUUGCUCGAAAGAUAUGUUGGAUUCUUCACUUGAGAAGCAAAAUCUUGGGGAUAUUAGCGGUGAUAGUACUGUUGAGAGCACUAACGAUGUAAAAAUUCCCAACAUAGAACCUAGAGAAUGUCACGAGGACAACAGGUCUAUGGCAUAUUCUUCCUUGUCUGAUAACUGGCCAGUAUCUGAUGAUUCCGAGUGUGCAAAGCUUCUUGAAAGAAUCCAUUCUCUUUUUGAGGUGCUUUUCAGGCAUAGAUGCCUUGCGGCAAGCCAUCUCAACAGGGUUAUUCAAUUUGCAAUGGAUGAGCUACAGAGUAUUGCUUCAGGUUCCCAGCUUCUUAACCAUGGUGUGGAGCAAACACCUAUGUGCAUUUGCUUUAUGGGAUCUUCCCAGCUAAAGAAAAUCCUUAAAUUCUUGCAGGAUGUAUCCCAAUCUUGUGGUUUAGGUAGAUAUUCUGAGAAAAGUAGUAAUCUCCUUGUUGAUGCCAAUAAAGGUAGCCAAAGUUUGGAGAUCAAGGAGCGGAUUGUUCUCAAUGGAGAUGCAUCUUUCCUACUUCUUGAUGAAUCUUUAUUGUCUUCUGAAUCUGCUAAAGACAAUGCUGCUGCUGCAACUUCUGCUAUUGACAGCAAUGCCGCGGGGGAUAUUACCAAUUCCAAUGCUCUACUGUCGUGGAUAUUUGCAGGUCCAACCAGUGGAGAAGAAUUGGCAUCAUGGGUGCAUGCAAAAGAAGAAAAAGCGCGUGAAGGAGUAGAAAUACUCCAGAUGCUUGAGAAGGAGUUUCACCAGUUACAGAGCCUUUGUGAACGAAAAUGUGAACGGUUAGGUCAUGAAGAAGCGUUACAAGCAGUAGAGGACCUGUGUGUUGAAGAAGCUAAGAGGAGGGAAAACGAUAGAGAACUUAUUUACCAGAGCUUUGAUUCUGUUUUGAAGAAACGAAGAGAAGAGCUUCUUGAGAGUGAAAAUGAUAUGAUGAUCCUUGGCAGUCGGAUUGAGUUAGAUGCCAUAUCAAAUGUUUUAAAAGAAGCAGAAACUCUGAAUGUGAAUCAGUUUGGUUAUGAGGAAUCAUAUGGCAGUGCUAAUUCGCAGUUACCUGAUUUGGAAUCUGGUGAAUAUGAUGAUUGGAGAGCUAAGGACUAUUUGCACCAAGUGGACACUUGUGUAGAAGUUGCAAUUCAAAGGCAGAAAGAACAAUUAUAUGUAGAGCUUAGUAAAAUCGAUGCACAGAUAAUGCGCAGUGUUACUGGGAUGCAGCAGUUGGAAGCUAAGGUCGAGCCUGCGGCUGCCCAUGAUUUCCGGUCGAUAUUGUUGCCUCUUGUGAAGUCAUAUCUGAGGGCUCAUUUGGAGGAUUUGGCUGAGAAAGAUGCAACGGAAAAGUCUGAUGCUGCAAGAGAAGCAUUUUUAGCUGAGCUUGCUCUGGACUCUAAGAAGGCUGUCAAGGGAGGAAAUGAUAAUUUGAGACAUACUCAGGAGAAAACAAAGGACAAAAGAAAGAACAAGGACUAUAAGAAAGCCAAAGAUUCGAAGGUUAUUGGUGUUUCUGAGCCACAGAGGUUUCAUGAUGAGGCUGAUGAUUCAGUUUCCUUUCCAGUUGCACAUGAUGGCGAUCAUCCAGAUUCUGAGAUUGUUGUUACUGUGAAUGGUGAUGAAUUAAAACAACAGGAAGAGGAACUUAGAAGAAUUGAACUUGAAGAAGAGGAACGGAAGUUGGAAGAGACUUUAGAAUAUCAAAGACGAAUUGAGAAUGAGGCUAAACAGAAGCUCCUUGCCGAGCAACAAAAGAAAGCUACUCAAGCUUAUUCUGAGAAGGUAGCAGAUGGGCAGCAUGAUGGAUAUUUGGAAUCUAGUUCUGUUGGUUUGGGUGUGCAUGAGCAAUUUAAACCUUCUAUGCAGGAGAACUUGGCUAAUAAUUUAGAGGGUCUUCAAAGCGGCACACCAAAUCAUUCAGCACUGCCCAUCAAAUCCGCUACUGUUUCUACUACUCAAACAACAAGUAAUGAGGAUCAGACAAAUAUUUUACAAGGCCUUCCUGAUGGGGGAAUUUCAGAUGAUGGUUUUUUGCCCGCUGAUCGACGAGCAAGAAGAAAAGGUAGACGGCAGAGGGGUUCUUCUAAAGUUGCCGAUGGAAAGCAUCAAACCUUGUCAUCGAGAGAAAGUGUUGAAGUUGGGAGUUCAUGUGUUGAUGGUGGCUUAAAAGAAGAAGACAAUGGAGCAAAGACAUUGAGACAGAUGCAUGUGGAUGCGGAUGAUGAGGAAAGGUUUCAAGCUGACCUUAAAAGGGCCAUGCGCCAAAGCCUAGACACAUUCCAAGCACAUCAAAAAAUACCCCCUGUUUCAACUUUGAAGUCACCUCAGAGGAUUUCUGGGGAAGUAGACAACAGUGGUGCUGUACCCAGUGAUGUCCAAGCUAGUAACAUGAACAGAGUUGAUGUGUUAGGUACGGGAUUGAAGAAUGAAGUUGGUGAAUACAAUUGCUUUCUGAACGUUAUUAUACAGUCAUUAUGGCAUGUUAGACGGUUCCGUGAUGAGUUCCUGAGGAGAUCAACAUCAGAGCAUGUUCAUGUGGGCGAUCCUUGUGUUAUCUGUGCAUUGAAAGAAAUAUUUUCUGCAUUGAGCAUUGCAUCUACAGAUACGCGAAGAGAAGCAGUUGCUCCUACUUCUUUGAGAACAGCUUUGAGCAACCUCUAUCCGAAUAGCAAUUUCUUCAAGGAGGGUCAGAUGAAUGAUGCUUCUGAAGUAUUGGCGGCGAUAUUUGAUUGUCUUCAUCAGUCGUUUACUCCUGGUUCAAGUGUUUCUGAUACUGCAUCAGUGGCAAGCAGCAACACGAGCUCUUGGGAUUGUGUGAAUGAAGAUUGUAUUGCACAUUCAAUUUUUGGAAUGAACAUUUUUGAACGCAUGAAUUGCUAUAAUUGUGAAUUGCAGUCGAGGUAUCUCAAGUAUACUUCCUUCUUUCACAAUAUAAAUGCUAGUGCUCUUCGAACAAUGAAGAUUAUGUGUUCCGAGAGCUCUUUUGAUGAGCUUUUAAACCUUGUAGAAAUGAAUCAUCAGUUAACUUGUAAUCCUGAUUAUGGAGGCUGUGGGAAACUCAACUACAUCCACCACAUUCUUUCAUCAUCUCCUCCUCAUGUUUUUACUACUGUCUUGGGCUGGCAGAAUACUUGUGAGAAUGUUGAGGAUAUCACAGCAACAUUACGGGCUCUUAAUGAUGAGAUAGACAUCAGUGUCCUAUAUCGCGGUUUAGAUCCAAGGAACAGACAUAGCUUGGUUUCUGUGGUUUGCUAUUAUGGCCAACACUAUCAUUGCUUUGCCUAUAGUCAUGAUCAUGGACGCUGGAUUAUGUAUGAUGAUAACACCGUCAAGGUUGUUGGUAGCUGGACUGAUGUUCUUAAAUCAUGUGAAAAAGGGCAUUUGCAACCUCAAGUUCUUUUCUUUGAAGCUGUAAACUAGAUUCUUUUUGUGGAUCUCAUCGCAUUAUUUUCUGCAGUACCGAGCAUUCAGGUGGCGCAAUGCGUCCUGGCAUCCGUUUAAGGUGAUGAAGUCCUGCUAAUACCCAUUUUCAUACAGUAAUAGUUGCAAAAGUGGUUCCUGAGAAGGCGAAGAUUUUUCAAUUUAAAAGUCCACAGUUGUGAUGUAAAAUUCAAGAGUGUUGUAUAAUCAGAGUUUUUGUUGGAGCAACUGGUCCCGAGGGAAGAGUCGCAUCUCAAAAGAGUUUCUUCAAUUUUCAGACAACCAUAAAGCCCAGAAGCAUUUGAUACUUGCAGCGGCUAUUAUUUCCGAAUGCAUAAUCGGGGUACGUGCCUCCAAAAUUUGUUGUUUUUUUUUUUUAAUCUAUUAUUUCUUGGACAUCUCCAAUAAGAUGGUUUUAUACACGAAUGGAGGCUUAAAUACAAGGUGGUGGUGGCUAUGUGCGGUUGAAGGAAAGACAUAACAUGACGCUCAUAUACAUAUAACUGCUUGUAACAGGGGAACUUUAGUUUUAGAUUGAGAAAUAUCUGCUAGAUGUUUUGUAUUUUUUUUUUUGCUAAAAUGCCCCUGAAAUUUUUUGAAAAAUGUGUUGUACAGAUCACAGUAUGCCCUGUUGGGUUCUCAACUGUAGCGUACAGUAAAUUUCUUACAUCAUUUUGUCAAUUUGAUAUCGACGAAAAGUUGUUAGGCU